GUGAAUAAUCGCAGAAUCACAAGAAAGUCCGGUAUGGGUUGAAGAGUAAGUUAAGGCUCCUGUUGAAGUGACCAGAACCCUGUCGCCUUGCUUGUCCGAGUUGCGAAUUCUGAUCAGGCUCUUCGAAUUUACUGACUUUGAUCAUAAUAAUUAUGCCUUUAUAAGCGGUCAAUCUUCAAGCUUAGAUUCUGCCGAAUAAACAAACAAUCUCGUGUAUCUGCGUUUAGUGAGUCUUUUUCUCCGGAGGAGGAGGAGGAGGAAGAAAGAAGUCGGUGUAGAUUCUUUGAUUAGAGCACAAUGCCGCUGCCUUUCUCUUUGAUCUUUCACCUAAUUACUCUUCUUCUACAUGGAGUCUCGCUGUCGCACGCACUGCCGGUGCCCGACCCCGCGCCCAUCCAGCUUCGCCCGGCCGCUUCCACCUCCUCUGUCGCCGAUGCCACCAUUCCGGCCUUCCCCGAGCAGUCCGACGUAGCCUCCUCCGCCUGCCCCCUCGACCUCCCGGCUGACCUCCUCCCUUCGGUGACCGCCGCCUGUGCCUCCGGCAGCGGCCACCUCCUCGUCCCCUCCCGGCCGCACUGCUGCCCCGCGCUCGCCGCCUGGCUCUACGCCGCAUUCUCCCCCACCGCACUCGCUGCUCGUCCCCUGCCUGACGCCGGCUACGACCUCCCGACCCUUCCGGACGACUCCGAGGCGUGCGCCGCCGGCGCGGAACGCGCGGUCCGGGCGCGCGGACUCGAGCUCCCCCGCAAGAACGCCACAUGCGACGCCGCCUACUGCUACUGCGGCGUCCGGCUCCGGCGCCUCGCGUGCACUGGCGGGUUCGCGGCGGACCCUAGCGCGGAGGGCCGGUGGGUCCCUGCCGGCGGCGGAGCGCGGAGAUUGGAAGAGGACUGCACCGGAGCGGGCCUUACCGGAUGCUCUCGCUGUCUCAGAUCCCUCAACCAGCUGAAGGACAACUCGCCGAGAUCGUCAGGGGGCACAGCCGACCGCGGUGACCGGGAAUGCCAACUCAUGGGAGUAACGUGGCUGCUCUACAGGAACAGGACGCUCUACUUGCCGACCGCCACGGCCGUUCUCCGAGCCCUCAUGGCGGCCGACGCCGCCGGAAGCCCGGAUCCCAGCUACUGCGAGCUCUCACAGGACGCUAUGCCGCUCGCCGUGGGUUCUAAUCAAAUUGACGUCCACGAAACAUCCUUUGCCGCUCUGUCGACUAUGUUUCAUCUCCCAUUGGCUCUCCUCCUCUGCAUCAUCUUCCUCCUCUAGUUAGUUAAUUAGACUAUGCGCCGGAAUUAAAAUAAAAGGGAUUUGGAAGAACCAACGUACGCUAGUCGAUUUCAUUUCUUUGUAAUUAUAUGUUGCUUCUAUCUCGUGGUACUGGUAGACUCUUUCUCUUAAUCAA